AUGUCGACCGAUGCUGCGCCACAACCAGACCCGGCCAUGUCAAGCCGCAGCGCCCUCGUCGACUUCUUCUCCCGGAGCCUGACGGCAUUUCAAUCAUCAAAAGAUGCGUUCCGCGUCGUCGGCACUCUGCCUCGUAAGUCGACCGCGACGACGCUGACCGGCAACGACGGCGGCGAUACUGCCUUGGUGCCGCGGAGGCCGGAUGGGAAGAGGCCGGUGAAGAGCCUCGUGGUGUUGGAUUCUUCGUUUAACCCGCCCACGCUGGCGCAUCUCCGGAUGGCGGUAUCUGCGAUUCGGGGCUUGCAGGGGAGGAGGGGGAAGGAGAGCGCGGCUGGAGCUUCGGAAGCGGGAGCGGCUAGGGGUCCGGGAGGACCGGUGAGGUUGUUGCUCCUCCUGGCUGUUAAUAAUGCGGACAAGAAGCCCAAGCCGGCGGCGUUCUCCGUGAGGCUGGGGUUGAUGUACGCCUUUGCCGCGGACUUGCGGGAUGAACUACGACGGACGGACGCGGCGACAUCGUUGCGGGAAGACUCGGUGGGAAUACCGCAGGAGGUGGCGGAGAAGGUGGAGAUUGAUGUCGACUUUGGGUUGACGGCGAUGCCGUACUUUCACGACAAGAGCCAGGCCAUCUCGGACGCGAAGUUCUACGCGCAAGAGGACGGCGAAGAGGGAGAGCCGGAGCAGGUGUACCUGGCGGGGUACGAUACGCUCAUCCGGAUAUUCAAUCCAAAGUACUACAAUGCUCCUUCUGCCUCGACGGGCAGCGAUGAGGGCCCAGAGGUCGUGGCACCGAUUCGCAGGGCACUAGAUCCGUUCCUGGGCAGGUCCAAGUUACGGAUCACGAUGAGGACGGAUGACGAAUGGGGCGACGAGGGGGAGCAGGUUGCGUAUCUCCGAGGCUUGAGGGAUGGAGGGUUGGAAGAGGUCGGCGGGCGAGGGAAUUGGGCGGAGAGGGUUGAGAUGGUCAGGGGGAGGGAGGACGGGGAGGAGGUCGUCAGCAGUACAAAGGUCCGGGAGGCUGCUUCCAAGGGGGACGCUGAGACUUUGGGACGGUUGCUUAGUAGUAGGGUGAAGCAGUGGGUGCUUGAGGAGGGGUUGUAUCGUGAGUGA